AUGUCGUUCCAGAACUUCGAUUCUUUCCAAAAUCAGCACGGCGCUGCUGAUGCUGCUGCUGCCGGAACUGGUGCUCCUGCGCCCGCGGAAUCUGCUAUGGCUGGGCAGUCGGAUCCCUCUCCUGCUCCCUUUCAAGCCCCUGCUUACGGCGAGCCUGCGUCGGGCUCUGCUCAGCAGGCCGGCGAAGCCAAACCACGCUUUGGUAUGCUAUUAAAUUCGAUUGCGCCUGUUAACUCUUUUUGCUUGUCCUCUAUGUGGCGCAAUGCAUGCGAUGGGAUGGGUGAGCUUGAGCCCUGGAUUGAUGAGAAUUUCAUCCGCAACCUCUGGUUCCAAAUGGGGGAGCAAGUUAACGUCAAGAUGAUCCGCGACAAAUUCUCUGGAAGUAACGCCGGAUACUGUUUCGUCGAUUUUACUACCCCAGCUGCAGCAGCUAAGGCACUGACCCUGAGCGGAACUCCCAUUCCCAACACCUCGCGUACCUUCAAGCUCAACUGGGCUUCCGGUGGCGGUCUGGCUGAUCGCAGCCGUGAGGAACGUGGCCCUGAGUUCUCCAUCUUCGUUGGUGAUCUUGGUCCGGAGGUUAACGAAUACGUCCUGGUCUCGCUCUUCCAGAGUCGCUUCCCAUCUUGCAAAUCAGCCAAGAUCAUGACGGAUCCCAUUAGUGGCAUGUCGCGUGGAUAUGGAUUCGUGCGCUUUUCCGACGAGACCGACCAGCAGCGCGCCCUCACUGAGAUGCAAGGUGUAUAUUGCGGUAACCGCCCUAUGCGUAUUUCCACUGCUACUCCCAAGAACAAGGGUGCUGGCGCUGGGCCUGGCGCAAUGGGUAUGCCUGGAGCUGGCCCCGCUGGUAUGUUUCCUCCUAUGGGUGGCCCUCCGAUGGGAUACUACGGUGCUCCUCAGCCAAUGAACCAAUUCACAGAUCCCAACAACACCACCGUGUUCGUUGGAGGACUUUCCGGCUACGUCACCGAGGAUGAACUUCGUUCUUUCUUCCAGGGCUUCGGCGAGAUUACCUAUGUCAAGAUUCCACCAGGAAAAGGCUGCGGUUUUGUCCAGUUUGUUCAGCGCCACGCUGCUGAGAUGGCCAUCAACCAGAUGCAAGGAUAUCCAAUUGGAAACUCGCGUGUCAGGCUUAGCUGGGGUCGUUCUCAGAACAAUUCUGGACCCGCUGGGUCACCUUAUCGCCCCGCUCCGCCACCACCCAUGUAUUCCUCCAUGGGUAUGCCACCUUCCCACUCGUAUGGUGGUGGUUUCGCGCCAAUGAAGUAA